AUGCUCAAUUCAGGCCUGUUUGAAAAGCGUCUAACCUGCGAUAGGAGAAUCGAAUACUUGGAAGCUCGUUUGGCUAGAUAUGAGAAUACGACUCGAGCCAUAAGACCUGGAUCUCAAGCAGGAGAGACGCUCCCCGAAGCAUCACUAGUGACAACACCUGCUCCCACGCGAAUCCGAAGGACCUCCGUACAUCCGGAUAAUAGCGCUUUUCUCGUAGACUCUCUGGGGCUUUUGUCGAGGGCCUCGCGCCCAGAUUUGGCCACAAGCACAAAUCCAGAAUCAUUCGAACUGUCACCAGGCUCAGGUAGUCUUCAUUAUGUCCUCAUACAAAGACUGCUAGCUGACACAAUUGCAGCAAUUGCUGCUGACUCGUCACUGAGCUCCAGCUACACAUUCGGCUCUCGAGUGCAAAGCCUGCUCGAUGGACCUAGACCAGGCCAGCGUCAGGAAAGGGCACAAGAUACCGCUAAUUAUCUACUCCAACCACGGCCACGGAGCAUACAUGUCUUUGAUAUACCUUCCCUCCCAGAUGAGCGUGAGGCUUUCAGGCUGCUCGAAACGCACGUCUUCUAUAUUGGCCAUACACAAAACUAUAUUGAUGCCCGUGAAAUUUCGGAUAAGGUCGGGCUUUUUUAUGCUAACAAAGACGAUUCCACAUAUACAGAAAGCCUGUGGACUUUGGAGAUUCUUCUCAUCUUCGCAAUAGCCAGACUUCUCACCGGCGACUUUGGAGGUGAAGCGUAUAGAGCUGAUAGCUUCCCUGGCUAUUCGUUAUUUGAAUUCGUUUGGGAGCGUUUGCCUCCGCUGAGCCAACUGUACAGUGUUGGACGGGUUGGCGUCGAAGUACUUGCCCAAGUGGCUGUAUACUUACAAAACAUAUAUCGGAAAGAAGAGGCAUACGUUCAUGUUAGCACAGCCCUGCGAUUGGCAGUUUCUCACGGCUACCACCGGCAGUCAUCCACCGCACGUUUCUUGCAAUCGGAAGCGACACAUAUCAACCGGCUGUGGUGGUCAAUCUACCAUCAGGAGAGACGUUUGGCUGCAGCUACUGGAAGCCCACCGGGCAUCAGCGAUGCGCUUAUAGAGCAACCGCUCCCCACAGACUCCAUUGGAUUCACGCCGGCGGCCCCGAUGCGGACAAGCAUUAAGCUAGCUCGAGUCUAUGGCCAAGUAAUGACCGUGCUUUACGGCUCCACACCUCAGGCUGAAGACACAUUCAUCUCAAAUGUCCAGAGCAUCAUCAGAAGUCUAUACGACAUUUCUGACGAAAUACCUAUGGAACUAGCAACUGGCAUGCCGCGACUUGGAAACGAUCUAUCUCUGAGGACUUCAGCUGCCCUUCACUUGAUGUUCUAUCAGGCUCUUCUAUUGACCAUUCGCCCGGUCAUGCUACACAUAGCCCAACUAAUCCUCAGCGGCAAUCCGCCACAGCCUGGGAUUCUUUAUUCGUCGCCCAUAGGAAAACUUUGCAGAACGUGCACCGAAGCAGCAAGAAGGCUACUGAAGACUCUGACAGCGCUACGUCAAAAUAAAUGCCUAGCGUUGUUCGGCUUCUUUGACUUUGACGGGAUCUUCUCAGUGACCUUCAUCAUGAUCCUUACGGCAAUCUUAGACUCGAGCUGCGAAGAUGACCAGAGGAUUCAGCCUUCUCCUGGAUUAGGCGAAGCCUUAGGGCUGAUACAGUACGUGGCAGACCACGAGAACAAAUUUGCAGCGCGGUGGUUUCAUGAGAUUCAAAGGACCUGGGCGCAGCUGUGCAGCCGUCUCGAUAUGCCGGAGUCAUACAGAGCCCUAACGCGAAAAGCUCCUCGCGAGGCUCCCGAUCAGACUGGAGACGCUUCGCAAGCUGCAGGUUCAACAAAUGUAUCUGGUCAAGGGCGAUCCACACACCAGGACGAUACAUCCACAAGACAAUAUCCCGGUGUCGAUAUUCUUAAUGGUGAUUUUGAGAUGACUGCGCCAGAACCACAGUCUAUCCUUGCCGAUUUGGAUAUAUGGGGUGAUAUAAACCACCUUUGGGCGCCGCUUCCCGAGAACUAUGAGACGUUCCAAAAUGAAGAAAGCGCAGCGAUUCCUCAAAGCCUGUACCAAAAUAUCUAUGGAAAUCAGCGCUGGGCGUUUACAGGCGAGGACAUGGGAGAUUUUGCCGAGCUUGGGCGCCAUUUUGUGAGCGAUCACCCUUCAUAA